UAAGUAUUAUCGGAUAUCCCGUACUACGUCAAGUACAAACGGACAAGAUGUUUACAUUAGUACAUUUGAACUUGAGUGUAUAAAUCUGAUUUGUAAAUAUCUCGUUCCGCUGGACAUUAUAGUGUUAAAAGGAUUAUGAAGGAAUGGCGAAAAGUUACGAUCACUUGUUUAAAAUUUUACUGAUCGGUGACUCAGGUGUCGAUAAAACGCAAAUUUUGUUUGCGUUUACGGAAGGCGAAUAUACAUCUAAGUUUGUGUCAACUAUAGGUAUUGACUUCAGAAUAAAACAUAUUGAGCUGGCUGGAAAGAGAAUCAAACUGCAAAUAUGGGACACUGCAGGUCAGGAUCGGUUCAGGACAGUUACAACAGCUUAUUACAGAGCCGCAACGGGUAUAAUGUUGGUGUAUGACAUUACAAAUGAUAGAUCGUUUCGACACAUAGAAGAUUGGCUGAGGCAGGUGAAGGAGUAUGCUGAGGCACGUACACAAAUAAUCCUUAUAGGAAACAAAUUGGAUUUGAACUCUAAGAGGCAGGUCAGGGAAGAGGAAGGAAAAAAGCUUGCGUCGGCAAACGGAAUUAAGUUCAUUGAAGUAAGUUCGAAGGAAAGGAUCAAUAUAGACAAAGCAUUUAUUACCCUAACAGAAGAUAUGUUAAAUGUCGCCGAAAAGCGGGCAUAUGAACCUUUUCAGUAUGGAAAACUACCGACUGAAAGUAAAGCUCAAAAAGAUUCCGAGAGUGCGAAAGAAACGAGUAUUUUGAGAAGACUUCUUCAGCCAUUCUUUGGUGGAAAGACACAAGCAGCCACAUCGGUUCCAGAUGAGAUCAAGCAAGACCCGUAUGCGCUCGAUCUAUACGAAAAAGCUUUGAGAGACGGCACAGAGACGGACAGGUCCAUUCGUAUUAACAUCGUUGGAAACUACAGACAAGGUAAAACAUCGCUAAUGAGAAGGCUUUUAGGAAAGAAAGUCACUGAUGUUUCAAGUACGGAUGGUAUAGAUGUCAUCCAUUACAAAUGCUGUCGUACAGUAGAUGGGAAAUUUUCUUUUAGAACAGCUGAAGUGAAUGAUAAAUCUGACAUAGUAGAGCGGCUGGUUUCUGUUGCUUUGUCAUCAAACAGCGAACAACUAAAAGAUGAACCAAGUAUUACACAAUCAGUCAUUUAUCAGAGGGAACCUAAAUUAGAAACGGUAACAGCUAGGACAAAUACCGACUAUUCUGAAAUGGCGGAGAUAAAUAAGGGUGAGAAAGUAUUGCCGAUCCCAGACCGUCAAAUGAAAGGAAUGAGAAGUUCACCUUAUAUCGAUGUAGCGUCCUCAAGUGAUUUUGAAGACAAUGAAAAUAUUGUAAAAAAGAGCAAAAAGACCAUUUUGUCUGUUAAAGAGAAGGAAUUUCAAACAUUUUCAAGAGAAUUCAAUAAAAGAAAAUUGCAGUCGUCAACCAAGGCAACCCAAACAUUGUUUGACAUAUGGGAUUUCGGCGGCCAACAUAUAUUCUAUGCCACACAUACGCUAUUUCACAGUAAAAAUGCGAUUUACUUGUUGGUAUUUGAUCUCUCUGUGGACUUAAAGAGCGUGAGUGUUGAUGAAGAUUUUCCAAAAGAAUCUGAUGACCAAGAUUUGGAGUAUUUUCUUCAUUUUUGGAUGAAUUCCAUUCAUUCAUUUGUUGGCUCUGAGGAUGGUUUUAAGCCUACAGUAAUUCUCGUAGGUACACACAAAGACAAAGUAAAGGGAAACGCAAAAGACAAACGUCAAUACAUUGAACAAUACUUCAAUCAAAUAAGAACAAGUUUUGAUGGAACUAAGUUGUUAAAUCAUAUACAUUCCGAGGACUUUGCAGUUGACAAUUCCAUUGGGAAUGAUGAAACUGUUUCAGCGCUACGCGCAACAGUCGUAAGACUUGGAAAUGCUCAGUCAAAGGCAAUAAAAAUUCCAGCAAAAUGGAUUCAGUUGGAAAAAGCACUGACGGAUAGGAAACAUAUCAAAAUAAUACCGUUUGAGCUUGUGCUAGCCAUUGACGAGCAAACUGAAGUUCCUAUCGGUGAUCCAGAACAGAUCAAACUAUUUCUACGGUAUCAUCAUGGCAAAGGAACGUUCACAUAUUUUGAUGAGGAACCGCUAUCAGAGCACGUUGUUCUUGAUCCCCAGUAUUUAAUAGACGCCUUCAAAUGCAUCAUCACAAGUGAACGUUUCUGCACAAAUAACCCCGAAAUAAGGCCUCUUUGGAAGAUGCUACAGACAGACGGAAGACUAGAAGUAGCUUUGAUUGACAAACAGUGGGGUAAGGAUGGUAACAAAAUGUUCAUGGAACACAAAGAAGUAUUGAUCUUAUUUCUCACUAAACACCACAUCAUUUCAGAGGCAACAAGAUUUGAUGACACUACACAGCAAUCAACACGGCUUGGUUGGUUUGUUGUUCCAAGCUUAUUAAAAGUCCACUUACCACAGGUGGAAAUUCAACAAUUCCUUAAAGGAAGGAAACAAACCAUUGUCCGUUUUGUGAUGUCCUUUGGUAACUCAACCAUAGUUCCAACGAUAUACCAUCGUCUUAUGGCAGCUCUUAUCGGAAAAUGGCCAAUUGCACAACUGGGCACAAAACCUCUAAUUUCUAAAGACAAAUGUAUUGUUCUAUUGAAUAUGGAUCACGCUGGUGUAGCGGAAUUGGGGUUUGAUACUAUUGAACUAACAGUUGUAAGCCUGUGCCAUUCUUCAGCUGUUCAUCCUGAACAAGCCGAUGUCUUAAGACGGUUUGCAGAAGCACUUAUUCUUCAUGAGUUUUCUAAGCUGGAAAGAAAGCAUGAUAGUCACUCAAAACCGUACAAAACGACAUACAGAUGUAACCAUGAGAUGCACAAUGGGAGCGGAAGCAUAAAAGUCUUAGAAAUCGACAAUCCGGUUAACAAAAACCUCAUUCCGUGCCCAGACUUGAUCGCACAUGAUGUAGAUGUUAUAAAAGCAAGGGAUGAGUGGUUUCAAGACCAUUCGGAGAAAAUAUCAGUUUCGAAAGUAGAACUAAAUGACAAGGUUUUGAGUAAAAUUUCAAGAUGCAUAGGAAAUAACUGGCAAAUGCUUGGAUUAGAGCUUGGUUUGACACAAGUAGAUAUAGAACAAAUAUCUGAGGACAAUCCGCAUAAAACUGCAAUGAAGAUAUACUACAUGUUAAAAUGCUGGUGUCGUCAAAAUGCAGAAUUAGCAGAUAUGAAUGUCUUGGUACAGAAAAUGCAAGAAUGCCCAUAUGUGAGUAUCCAAUGGGAUGCAAUAAGAAACAUUGUGGAUGAAAUGAAGUACUCAACCGCUUCAUCAAGGUCUUGCGUCGUAAUACCACCGCUCUCCCCUCCAAAUAAAAUAUCCAAGAUACUAUUGACGUUACCAGAGAGUUUAGCAACAUUAUAUGUUAUUCUUGCUAUUGUUGUUAUUGCGAUAGCAAUAGACAAGGAUCCAAGUUUUCUAAUUGUUGGAAACAAGUCUGAUGCAGAAUCAAGAACAAUCAGUAGAGAAAGGGCUGAACAGUAUGCUGCAGAUAUUGGAGCUGGAUUCAUUGAGGUGAGCGCAAAAACAUCGGUUGGAAUAGACGAGGCAUUCUGUAUGAUAGCAAAGAAUAUAAAAUCAAAGAUAGAUCGAAAAAAAGUUGAAGAGGAAAACGAAAACAAAGCUUUGGCAUCCAGAGGAGCAUGGAAUAUGUUUGACUGGAUGUAUACGAACCCGGUCGAUAUUCCAGAGGUUAAAAAAGAAAACAAAGCAAUUGCCUGGACAUCAACAGGGAAAAUGUUUAACUGGAUAUACCCGUACUUUGGUUGGAACACACCUAAAAGCGCGAACAGAGUUCCAGAAGAACUUAAGCAAGAUCCAUACACACUAGAACUAUAUAGGCUCGCUUUAUUAGAAGGUAAAGAGCUUGAUCGGUCCAUCCGCGUGAAUAUUGUCGGAAACUAUGGGCAAGGAAAGACAACCCUGAUGAGACGGAUUCUUAAAAAGAGCAUAGAGAACGUUGAAAGUACAAAUGCAAUAGAUGUUGAACACUAUAUCUGCCAGCGAACACUGGAAGGGAAACUUUCUUACAAUAAUUCCGAUGACCUGGAUUUUUCGGGGACCAUGAAACGACUGGUGGCUGUUGCUCGAUCUACUAAAGAAUAUUUCAAGGACAAAUUGUCAUUUCUUGAAGCAAUGGAGCAGAAUUCGUGUUCGGGCGAUGAAAACGAUGAAAAAACAAACGAGAAUGUGCCGGAAACUGAAGAAGCAUUUGAAAUUAGUGGAGAGCAUGAAAAACAGAGCGAUACAAUUUCUGGAUCUAAAACGUCUAGAAGUAGUACAGAUGAUGGAUGUCACGAAGGAAUAUCAGCGAAUAUGCUAGAAAAGCGUUCCAUUUUGUCAGAAGAAGGUAAAAUGCGGUUUGCACUGGAGCUGAGUCAAGAGAACUCAACAGAGUCCAAUGGUGAUAUGGACACGUCGAUCGAAUUUUGGGACUUUGGUGGGCAGUUCAUAUUCUACGCUACACACACAAUGUUUCACAGCAGGAAGGCGAUCUAUCUCUUGGUCUUAGAUUUAACAUCCAACCUAAAUGAAAUAGCAGUAGAUCAAGACUUCCCGACUGAGUCGCAUGAAAGGAGCAUGGAAUAUUUUGUAAGAUUUUGGCUGAACUCCAUUCACUCCUUCGUCGGAUCGGAAAACGGAUUUGAACCUACUGUCAUACUUGUUGGAACACAUAAAGAUAAACUAAAAGGAGAUGUCAGUAGAAAAGUGGAGACUUUCUUUGAAAAUAUUCGAAGCCUUUUUGAUGGUACAAAACUCUUAAAUCAUCUUUACCGCGAAGAUUUUGCAGUAGAUAAUACUUCUGAAAAUGAUGAAGGUGUAUCCGAGUUACGUGAAGCUAUCUACUACAUCGGUAAUGAAAAAGCAAAAACAGAAGAAAUUCCAGCACAGUGGAUUCAGCUGGAAAAGUCUCUGAAAGAAAAGGUUCGUUUGAAAAUAAUCUCCUUUCAAUUUGUAAUGGAAAUCGAUGCUUCAAAUGAAUAUCCACUAAGAUCUGCUGAACAAGUGAAACUUUUUCUCCAGUACCAUCAUGCCAAGGGAACGUUCAUCUACUUUGACGAGGAACCAAUAUCUUCACACGUCGUGCUGGAUCCGCAAUACUUGAUUGAUGCUUUCAAAUGCAUCAUUACAAGUGCACGUUUCUGCAAGAAUGAUCCAGAAAUUCGGCCAUUGUUUACAAAGCUUCAAGUUGAAGGAAGACUGGAAAUGCCUUUAAUUGACAGACAGUGGAGUAAAAAUCCUGAAUCUAUGUAUACAGAACACAAGAAAAUAUUACUAGCGUUUCUAACAAAACACUACAUCAUCUCUGAGGCUACCGAAUAUGAUGAAGACACAAAAUGUGCAACAGGUCUUGGAUGGUAUGUGGUUCCAAGUUUAUUGAGAGAUCAGGCUCCUGAAGAGGAAUUUGAAACCUUUUUGGCCGGGAAAAUGCAAACAAAACUACGUUUUGUGCUUGAACUUAGCAACUCAACAAUAGUUCCAACAGUCUACCAUAAACUGAUCGCGGGAACAAUCGGUAAGUGGCCGGUCGUUCACUUUCGGGACAAGCCAUUAAUGUACAAAAAUGUAUGCGUAGUAAGACUUAACGAACAUCAUGUUGGCAUAUCUGAUAUGAGAACUGAAACAAUUGAAUUAACGGUUGCAAUUUUCUGUUCAUUAGAAUAUAUUGAAAGUGAACAGUGUGACAGGUUCCGUCGAUUUGCAGAGUCAGUGAUCAAGCAUGAAUUUCGAAAGCUGAAGAGUGAGAAGGAAGUAAAUACCAUACCAUACGUUACUACCUUCCGUUGUAAUCAAGAAAGUCAUGGGCUUUGGGGUAGCAAAGCUAUCAUUAAACUGGAACAGACUGAGACUUCGAAACGGGUCCCUUGUCCAGACCUCGGCCCGCAUGCUAUCACCACCAAAGAAGCGAUGAGUGAAUGGUAUACUGACAAUAGACUACCGAUAGAAAUCCCCAAAGCAUCGCUUAGUGAAAAAAUAUUGAGUAAAGUAUCACAACACGUAGGUCACAACUGGCAAACAUUGGGUCAUGAACUUGGGAUCACACAGGUUCAGAUUGAGCAUGUUAUUGAAGAGAACCCAAAUAGUACAUCAAGGAGAAUUUAUGCAAUGCUUUUUAAAUGGUUUAAACAAGAGGCGGACUUGGCUACUUUAGAUGUUUUAAUUGGAGCAAUGCAGCGAUGCCCAACUGUUAGCGUGGACUGGGAUAAAAUAAGAAACAUCAUUGACGACCUGCAUUGAAAAAGCUUACAACACUGCACAGAAAAACAGUUCGGCUGAAAUGUACAUUACUUUACAUGUACUGGUUUGGAACCAGUAGCCGGAAACAUUUUCCUAUCUCGGCUCCAUUAUUUUCUCAAAAAAUAUUUGACAUAAAUCCGUACUGCACAAACUUCAGCUCCGUCUGCAUCCGAUGUUGUAAUCAGCAUCGCGUUUUGACGUAAAUUGUGGUUUCCAUUGGGCCUCAAAUGGGGUCACAAAAAGAAGUUAUUUUCCCCAUGAGGUAAACCAGUAGCCGGAAAAAUAUUUCGACGAUAUUUUGCCGUUAUUUAGAUAUCAAAAUAAGUGAUUAAACUAUUUUUACACA